UUAUUUUGUAUUAAAAUGAUUGAAAAAUAUAAUCCUAAUGAUUUGUGGGUCGCGCUCAGUGAGUAUGGAGAGGGGAAUAUAUUUGGUGUGUAUUCGAGGAUAUUGGCUGAACUGUUCAUGCAAGAGGACUCGGCAAGAGUUGAGGGAGACACGAGUGAGGCAGAGAAGCUGGUUCUGCCGAGUGACAGGGAAUGGAGACUGACGCAGUACUUCCAAUUAGUUGGGAUGCAGAAAACCUUGGACUUAGAUGAGCAAGAUAAUGCCACAGACGACAGUAAAAUGGACGAAGCGGUGGAAGUAUGGGAGCCAUGGAACUUGGCGAUCGCCUCCAAGAAUUCCACCGCGCCUCCACCUGUUGCUGUUAAAACUGCGCCAGGUCCAGCAUGGGACAUUGAACAGGUUCUGAAGGCAGCCCGACUGCUGUGCAAGCCACCAAUGAGCGUUGAGUUCACUGACGAACAAGAGAUGAGAUCCGUCUACUCUCUUAUCUAUGACGUGUUUCGAUACAAGUCUAUACUAGAUCAAGCUAUUGAUGAUGUGGACUUUUUUGGGAACUAUCCGCAGUUGACAAACGAGAAACACACUACAUGGCUGUUCCUCAUGGAGCUGGCGCGGCGGAGGUGGAUGGCCAGACCUAGAGGUGAGGUGGACCACGCGAACCGGCUGCUGAGCGAGGCUGGGCCACCCUUCAAAGAUGUCGAGAGUGCUGUCUGGGAGGAACGUGUCCAUUUUGCUGCAGCCAUCGCCAGAAUAAGGAUUAAAAAUAAAGCUUUCUCCCUUUCCGAACUCCUGCCACCACACUUGCGCGAGGAAAAGAUAUCUGCGUGUGUCAACAAGGAGACGGUCACCGGCUGGGUCAACACAUUCAAAGCGAAGAAGGUCGCACAGCUAGUGCAGAGGUUGCAUGAACUGGGUUACUCGUACAGUAAUUCACGUCAGUUAUGUGCCGGGGAGUACAGAUUCGAUCGCGUAUGUCCAAGAUUUAUCACCAUGCGUCCGCCAGACCAUGAAGGCAUAGGUUCACUAGAUUUGGUCAAGAAUGGCGUUAUUGUACUUCAGGAGCGGGAGUUCUGCGAGGGCGCGUCCACCCUGUGCCGCGCCCUUCGCGCCUGCUCUCUCCGCGGCGUGGUGGCCCAGACCCACGCCUCGUCUCCUCGAUGCUCCGCGUACCUCGCCGCUCAGCUCCGGGAGCUGGCCAGCGUGCUGAAGGCGCAGGCGCCCGCUGCGCCCGUCACCCCGGAGCUCGGAAAACUGGUCGUGUUCGGAGCUGGUGACAAAGUUGAGAGCUACGUGGGCGCGCUCCGUGAGCUGGGCGUGGAUGCGUCGCCAGCGCCGCACUCGAGCGCACUUGUGUGCGUGCUUGGCGACGCAGUGCACAGCGACACGCCGCUCGUACUGAGCGCGCUCGACGGUGUGGUGGCCGCGCUGGCUACGCCGCCAAACUCCUACUCCGCCGUCACUGACCCGAUAGACUUGGUAUGCGGCCGCGGAGGUGAUCUGGCUAUGCUGGAGAUCCUAACAGAAUCGGACAUCGAUCCGAAGGGCAGGGCUCGCGUGCAGUCCAUAUUGGAAGAACAAAAGAAAACAUUGAAAACAUUGCUUUCUAAGCCUCAAAUCCAGCUAAUACUUUACGAAACUCAUUCAGCGCUGGAGGCAGAGAACCAAGCGCAGGUGUCGCGGGCAGUAGCCGAGGCGAACCUUCUAGCAAGAGAGAGACACACGCUGUUGAAGAAGAAACGAGCUCAGACAUCAAGAGUAAAAGAAAGCACGCAAUUACCACCAACCGAUUCAGGCUCAUCAUUACACAGCGCAAUAUCGCAAAUAGACCAAAACAAUGAUGCAGAUGUUGGUGAUGAUGAUUCGUCAGUGCGAUCGAUGUCACCUCCAGCAGCAGCAGCUCGGAAAGUCAAUAAAAAUAGUGAAUGCUUCAAAAAACGAGCUGAAAGUGCUGAUGUUGCCGCGCCUCCAGGAUCAGGCAAAUCAAGACCUAUACCAAACAUGCAGGUACUUGGGAACGAUCGCGACCUUCCCCGAGAUCCAGAUAAAGAUAGUCCAAAUGUCUGCGUGCCGGAAUGUGAUUUAUUCGAAAUUCAAACUUUGCCGAACCUUGGAAAUGGUCUAGAUAUCAAUUACAUCUUAGAUCGUGACGGCUGCUACCUGGGUCUCAUCCAAAGAAAGGAGAUAACGAGGCUCGAUGCAAAGUACAUGAUCAAAGUGGCGGAGGAGAGGGGACUGUUCGGGCAGGCACAGCCCCAGCCGGCGCGGAAGAAGAAGUCGGAGCAGGCUGCAGCAUCACCCAAGAGACGACGGCGCAAGUUCAGCUUUGAGGUGGAGCGCGUGGCGGCGCCCACGUACGCGUCUCUGUCUCGCUCGUCGCGGCGGAGUAGCGCACCGCCGGGACCCCUCGCCGACGACGCGCUCCGCGUGUGCUCGCGACACGCGCGGCGGUAUGCCGCCGCCGCCGCCUACACCUCGGCCGUGUGCUCCUGCGACGGGAAGCACAAGCCACCACAUUACAAUCCAGCACGCAGGACCUCUGCGGAUAUCAGUCGCGGAGUCAACAAGGUGGCCCUACCAACGUCUCCCCCGUGCCGGCAACCCUUCCCGCUUACUGUGCACGACUUGAGGCUCAAACAUAUGAUGAACCCACAGAAAAUACUUUUCCUCUCUUAAAUUAUUGUAAAUUAUUAUCUCUAAGCCCUAUUUAUUGCUAGAAGCAGAACAGGGGAACGAACUGUCAUCUGUGCGAAGAAUUAAAAAUAUUGCUUAUCUAUUCAAAUUAUAAAAAAGACAUUGUAGUAAAAAUGUAUGCGUGAGUAAUUUAACGGAUUGUAAUCUCACACUCAUUAAACACUGGAUCAUGUAAAAUAUUGUCUAAAAAGAAAAAAUCAAAAUCGCAAUCGAUGUUUAAAUAAUUGCUUUAACUUCAACGGUUAAGGCUAACAAACAAUGUCGUGUGAUUUGAUUAAGGCGAAGCCGCGAUACGUAACUAUGUAUAUAAUAUGUGCAUCGUAUUCACUUGAUAUUUUCGAAAAUAUGUAUUAAAUAAUAGCAGGAAUUAUAUAAAUUUGCGCACGGUUCGUGCAAACUAGCCAGAUCCACCGUUUCCCCUGCUUUCGCUGGAAGCUCGGUUCAGGCAAAUUGAUGUGGGUAGUCAACUAGGAUCAGUUCACGAAUACCUUAUUCGGUUAACAAUGUCAACUGAAAUUUCCGCAUUCGAAUUGCAAAUAAUUGCUAAUUGUGUAUUUGUAUUGUAUUAUUGUAGACCUUUGUAUUAUGGGCCUGUUACAAGAGCCUCGUAUGUGCAAUUGUUUAGAUUAAGUACUUUGGAAAACAUUGGCUAAAUCUGAAUAAAUAACAUGUCGACUUAUU